GAUGUCUAAGGAACAGAUGGUUGUAGAUCUUGCAUUACGUACAAAAAAAUUGUUCCGGAGUGGUAUUGUUCUUGGUUCAAUGUCAAUUGGCCUCCUUGGCUAUUCUGCUGUCAGGAUUUGGAAUAGAUGGAAAGCGUGGAAGCAACAAAGGCAGCUACAGCAAUCAAUCCGUGCUUCUGAGAACAAAGCUGAAACUCAAGUUCAAGAAGUGGAUGCAGAGGAUGAUGUUCCAAGGCAUCAGCUGUGUGCCGUCUGUCUUACGAGUAGAAGGCAGAACGCAUUCCUUCCUUGUGGGCAUCUGCUUUGUUGCCAACCAUGUAGUGUACUGAUGAAAAAUCACGUUUCACCGAAGUGCCCUCUUUGUCGGAAGGAAAUUCUAGUUUUGGUACGAAUAUAUGAAUCUUAGCAUCAGUUUUUCUAGUCUUAUUUUGUGGCUUAGCCAAAUCCCCUUCCCUCAAUAUCUUUGUGGAAAAAAAAAAAACACUUUGGCUAGUAGCAGGAAACUAGGUAUAUGGUGAGGGGGUUUGCAUCUCUUGGGUUAAGUGGACAUAUCU